AUGAAGAAGCAAAACGUUCGUACCUUGUCUCUGAUCGUCUGCACUUUCACGUACCUGCUCACAGGCGCCGCAUUUUUUGACGCACUUGAAUCCGAAACUGAGAGCAAGCGCAAAGUCGUGCUACAAGAAAUCCAAGUAAUAAUUAGGCGUAAAUAUAACAUAAGCGACGAGGACUUUCGCAUCAUGGAGACGGUCGUUUUGAAAUCGGAGCCCCACCGAGCUGGCCAGCAAUGGAAAUUCACAGGGGCGUUUUACUAUGCCACGACGGUUCUGACCACAAUAGGAUAUGGCCAUUCCACACCUACAACGAUCGGAGGGAAACUCUUCACGAUGGUUUACGCCAUGAUCGGAAUUCCGCUGGGCUUGGUAAUGUUUCAAAGUAUCGGGGAGCGCGUAAACAAGCUAAGCAGCGUUAUAAUUCGAUCAGUGAGGUCGUCCUUAAAUUGCCGACAAACGAAUGCCUCGGAGCUAGAUCUCAUAUGCGUGGUGACGUUCUUGUCAUCGCUUACCAUAGCUGGUGGGGCAGCUGCAUUCUCGCGUUACGAAGGAUGGAGCUACUUCGAUUCGGUGUACUACUGCUUCAUCACCCUGACCACCAUAGGCUUUGGAGAUAUGGUGGCGCUUCAGAGGGACAACGCUCUCAGCCAGAAGCCGGAGUACGUCAUGUUUGCACUCAUCUUUAUCCUCUUCGGUUUAGCCAUUGUUGCCGCGUCAUUGAAUCUCCUCGUGUUGAGAUUCGUCACAAUGAACACCGAAGACGAAAGGAGAGACGAGGCUCAAGCAAUUCAGGCGUUGGCCGGUGCCGUCAGAUUAGAAGGCGACGUGAUAACGGCUAACGGUUCUAUAUUAAGCGGUCAAUUAGGUCACCAUUGUACAGAAACAACUUCGAUAGAUAUCGAUGAUACCUCAGUGUGUUCCUGUCCUUGCGGAUGUUUGCCAUCGAAUGCCAGACACAGGUUCACGGUUCGUCGGUCUCCCACGCAAAUACGUCACCUUCUUCCGGUGUUGCCGAUGCACGAGCUACAUCUUCCUCAGGGUCCGGCGAUGCCCCCGCCCGCAAUCUACCCGAACCACAGGGCUUCGAUUUGACUUCCUCCGUUUUAAAAAGGAACAUUCGUCGCGAUCAAGUUCUUAUCUUCUAGUUGUAAGUUGGGGCCGAUCUUUAUUUGUGAUAAAAGGAUAACAUUGAUCCAAAAGUGGAUAUUAUCACGGACUUUUGUCUAUUUGUAUUUCUAAAUGGUGUGGAGUAAUAAAACGUCAUCAAUAAUUUAUGCGAAUGAAAAAAUUUUCUAUCAAAUACUAAUUCAAUGGCUGGUUUUAUUACGGAUCAUAUUAAGAAAUAGUAAAAACAAAUUUUACAAAUUUUAUUUCCAACCGCCAGGA